UUUUUCAUCAGUGCUUUGAUUUAGGGUUAGGGUUAGGGUUUGGGUUUGGGUACGGGUUCGUCUAACGAUGGACGGGAAGGUUGGCAUCACGAACUCACAAUCUCGCGCUGAACCUCCCGGGAUGGAGGAAUCCUUGAAGCGCACGUUCUCCGACGAACUGGCGAUGAAGGAGGUGGAGAAGAUGGAGCUGAUAUCCAAAUGCAAGGAUUUGGAGAAGGAGGUGGAGAAGUACAAAAGGAUGGCCGCGUUAUUCGAGGAACAGAUGACGACGAUGUGGGAAGAGUAUGGGGCUAUGCGCGCGAGGGAACAAAUGGCGCAGGUUGUGCAGAAGGAGAAGCAAGACGACGUGCGCGAGACUGAGAACAAGAACGCUUUGGAUGAGAUAAAUGAAUGGAAGAGGAGAUGUGGGGAUUUGGAAAUCCGGAUCUCUGAGUUGAUUGAAGAGAAUUUAAGACUGAAAGCUCGCAAUUUUGGUGAUGUUAUUGAGAUCAGUGAUGAGGAGGGUGAUGAGGUGGAGACGGAUUUCAAAGAUGAAGUUUUGAAUGCUGAUGGUUGUAGACAAGAGGAGAGGUUUCUUUCUGUUCCUACUCCGAAGAAGAAGUGUUGUUCCAGAGUGAUCACUAGUGACAGUGAGGAUGAUGAUGAUGAUGUUGAUGAUGAUACACCGAUUGGCAAGCUUAAGAGGAGGAAAAAGGCGGAAGAGGAUGAUGAAGAUGAGAUUCCCAUUGGCAUGCUUAAGAAUUCAAAUGUUGGUGGUGAUGCAGUUGGGGAGGAUUUAACUCCCAACAGGAAAAGGUUGUUUCCGCUUGGAGAAUUGGAGAGGAUGAAUUGCAGAAAGGAAGGGAGUUAUCCGAGAGAUUCGAUCGAUAGUGACAGGAUUACAAGACGGAAAGUUAUGUUUUUGAAUGCUGGUGAUGCUGAAGGAGAGGAAGAUGAAACUCAUGAGUUGCAUGCUUGUGACUCUGAUAGUGGGAGUGAAAGCUUGAGAGGAUUCAUUGUCAAUGAUUCUGAGGUUGAUGAAAGUGAAUGUAGUCAUGGUGAUGAUAUUUCGUCUCAUGAUCUGUCCGAUGAAUGUCCAAGUGAUUUAGAGCUUGAUGAAGUCUUGGCUCGGAUAAGACGGGGAAAGAAUAUGAAGCAAUGGGAAUAUGAGGCGGAUAUGUUGGCGUCGUUUUCAAAAGACCCUGAGCUCUGUAUGAAAGCCGUUUGUGCGGUUUAUCGACAACAAACUGCUGAGGAGAAGUCAGUGAAAGGAACAUUGCUUAUAAACAACCGAGGAUUUAGCAAGUUUGAUGCUCUCAAGAUUUGCUUCAGGGGAUCAAGAAUGGCAGAGUUUCUUUUGGAUGGUGAUCCGAAUGGCCCGUUGAAGAAGUCGGUUGAAGAGCUGCAGAAAUAUGACCGGCAUGGGCUUGACUAUUGCUCGAAACUGGCAAGGCAUUACUCCAAACAACUUUUCAUGAUUUACCAGAACAAGGAAGACCCCUUCUUCCUCCCAUCCUAGUUGUUAAGUGUGGAACCAUAAGUUCGCUAACAUAUGUAUGUACCUAUUUUCUUUUUGGCAAAUAGCCUGCCAUACCUCAGGCAUUUCAACCGUCUUGUAUAUAACUUUCUGAUUUUGCUCUGUGUGUAACUGAAGUUCAUCAUUCUGUAUGUUUUGCUGUCUAUUAUGUAAAGCUUACUGUUAUUGCAGAAUCUCAACAUCUGGUUGUUGA